GGUGACAUACUAAGAGAAUGUGAAAUUGAUGCUAAAUGUCAAUGUGUGUGUUUGAAUGUCUAGACUUGAAGAAGAUCUCAGUGUAUUCAAACUAAUUGUACAGAAAUUGAAAGAGAAACAAGUCAACCUCUAGAAACUUGUGGGAGUGUUUAGUGUUUUCUUUUAGUUCACGUACCUCAACCACGACGAUGUUUGGGCCGAUACUUUGUCUCAUCUGUCUGUUGAUCAAAAACUCGCACCAGUCAUUUCGGGUUACUGCUGACCCAUUGAAAGUAGAGAUAGGAGUGAGCCCCAAGCUUGACAUUCUCUGCAAUUAUCCUCCCGCUGCAAAUAGUACGAUCAUCUCUAUCAUCGUCUCACAUGCCACAGGUAACCAGAACCCUCAUUUUAAUGAGCUGAUGUCUGUGACAGGACCGAAUGUCACACACGACUUGGCAAGUCUCAGUCAAGACAAUGUGACUCUCUACGGAGCAGUGAAUGCGCACAAUGGCUCCUACGCACAGAUCAGCUGGAAGAAUCCCACCGAAAAAGUUCUCGGUCUGUACAAGUGUGACAUAUUGGGCAUUGAUCUACUAGGACAUCUGUUUGAAAGCUACGCUUUUGUCUUGGUUUCAGUGGAGACGCCAAAUAUGGACAUAUUCGCUGAUAGCGUGAGGGAGUUACUUGAGUCCGUUGAUAAAAUGCAAAAAUUCUAUCACUACAUGGGAGAUAUGCUCAAUGAUGCUGCCGUCUCAUUGCGGUAAAAUAAAGUCAGGAAACGAAA